UAUCUGUCAAAUUCAUUGAAAAUACAUCGUCGCAAAGAAGGAAAACAGUACAAAAGUGAAGACACAAAUAUAAAAUACCAGCAAAAGAAGUGUAAAAAAACACGAAACGUACGAACCAAAUUAUGAUUAUAUUGAUAUUUUCAAAAAUACCCAUUCCAAUUUGUGUGACAAUCGACAUUUACUGAGAGAAAAAAAAAGUGAACAAAACAAAGCAUUUUUUUCGUGACCAUCGAAACAAUUGAAACCACCAUAAUUUUUUUGUUGGUAUAUUGUAGAUUUGUGUUUAGAAUUAAAUAAAAGAGAGAAAGAGAGCGAUAGAGAGAGAGAAGGAAAGCAAAGUGUCUUGAAUUUAGUGCCACUCACUAGAAACAGUGCGAACCUGAAGUUUUACCUCUUAAAGAACGCAAAUCAUACCAUCCACAUAGAAUUAUCAAAAUGACGACGACCGUGGGCGAUGCAUUGGUGAAUAAAAAAGUGAACGAGGCUCAAGAACACAUACGACAAGCUGAGAAAAGUAUGAAAACGGGAUUUCUCAAGUGGAGACCCGACUUUGAUGUUGCUGCCGAUGAAUAUCAAAAAGCAGCGACAUGCUAUCGCGUAGCAAAGCAAUUUGAACAAGCAAAAGAAUAUUUAUUGAAAGCAUCCGAUUGUUACAAGGAAAAUCGAUCUCUAUUCCAUGCUGCUAGAUGUUAUGAACAGAUAAUUUUACUUUUGAAAGAACAAAGCAAAGUUCAGGAAAUGGUAGAUUUUGCCCAUCGAGCAUGUCGAUUGUAUCAACAGCAAGGUUCACCCGAAGCUGCCGCUGGUGCUCUCGAAAAAACCGCCAAAAUGGUCGAAUCGAAAGAUCCUGCAGCGGCAAUCAACGUACUACAACAUGCCAUCGAAGUUUUAAUGAUUGAAGAUUCCGCAUCACGACAGGCUGCAGAACAUUUAUCGAAAAUUUCCCGACUUCAAAUUCGAAUCGAAAGAUAUGGUGAAGCAGCCGAUACAAUACGCCUCGAAAUUGGCAUACACCAGGAAAAUGGAAAUGCUUCGGCUAUUGGACGUUUAACCGUUGCUCUAGUUUUAGUUCAAUUGGUGCGUGAAGAUUCCGUCGCUGCUGAAAAGGCAUUUAAAGAAUGGGGAAAUUAUUGUGAUGCUCAAGAAGCUGUUACGCUUGAAAGUCUUCUACAAGCUUAUGAUGCAGAGGAUUGGGAAGCUGUUCAAAAAGAACUGAACUCACCAUUCAUCAAACACAUGGAUGUUGAUUAUGCUCGUUUAGCAAAUGUGGUUCCGUUGCCCGAAGGAAUUAAAAAUGUACCAAAAGUUGCGGUGCCCGCAAAUAAAGGUAUUCGGGAGCAAGUACAUGAAGCAUAUACUUCACCACCACCAGAGGAGGUUGAGAGAGCAAAAGCAGCAUCAAUAGCAGCUGGAAAUUGGCCAGCAGCUAGCGCAUCAAAUGCGGAUAGUAAAAAUCCACCUCCACCGUUUCCAGCACACGUGGAUGAUGAGGAUGAAGAGGGCUUGUGUUAAAUACAAAUCGAAUAUUACAUGUAUUGUUGCACGAUUACUUUAUCAUAUUUAAGGAAUUAGAUUAAGCAAACAAAAUGCAUUGGCCCUGUAAAAUGUAGUCGACUAAAAUUAUAAAAUGGUCCGACUUUAAGCUACAACUCUGAUCAUUUAUCAAAAUAUAUUCUGCGGAACAAAAAAAAGAUAUUUUAAAUAUAUAUAUAUAAAUAUAUAUUCGACAGAUAAAGAAAUGUGAAAUGCUUCCCCUUCUUCUUUAAAUUUAUGAAUAAUAGAAAAAUGUAAUUAAUUCAGAUAAUAAAUGUAUUCACUAUUCAAGCUAGAAUCUAUUUAAUAAUUGUGAAUGAAAAUUGUUAUGUAUUUCAAAAAAUGAAUCUAUAGUUUAAAAAAGUAUGAGAAAUGAAUUCAAAAAUAAAGUUCAGGUCAUUUUCUGAAGUAACUUGAGGGAUUCAUUCUAUUUUACUUAAGAUUAUCAAUUGAAAUGAAAUGUGGUCUUUUUAUUUUCGAAUGUUUUUUAUUAGAUUUAUUUUGACAACUGAAUGAAACACAUUCCAAUGGCUUUUUUUAAAAAUAAGUUUCAAUAACAAAAUUCACUUUUUUUCUUCAGUUUAAAUUUCAAUAAUUUUCAAAAUCUGUUGCUCCAUAAAAACAACAAUUGCUCUCUUAUUACAUUUCGUUGACUGAAAUUUUUUGAGAUAUCCUUUUUUUCUAAGUAAGUCGGCCAUUUUAUAUUUUUCGACGACCAAAUUGAAUGCAGUCAUUCAUCAGUCUAUUUUCGAUAAAAGCAAAAAUUAGAUAUUGUUAGACAUUUAUUUUUUUGUGAAAUAUUGAAUUGUAGAUCAAAUAA